GGUAACUACCAAAAACAGCUGGCUGCAACUGCAAAGUAAAUAAAAACAUAAGAAAUUUGGAAAAUGGACUAUAACAUACAUAAAAUUUGUCGAGUUUGUCUGGAAGAGGCCGCCCCAGGACCUCUGACCUCUAUAUACAGCACAGAUUUCGCCAUGAUGCCCUCGGUGAUGCUGAUGCAGUGUGCCAAGAUUAGAAUAUACAAAACGGAUGGCUUACCAUCGGUAAUAUGCAAUAAUUGCAUAUAUCGCCUAGGCGUAGCAUUCCAUUUCAAACAGGAAUGCGAAAACAAUGAUAUAAGAUUGCGUCAAUAUUUGGGUCUACAUGAGAGCUGGAGACAAGAUGCAGCCACCAAUACCGACUUUAUAGAAAAACCUUUACCACCCCUGCUCAAUAGCGAUGACGAUGAUGACGAUGACGAUGGAGUGGGGAGAGAUCCAAAGCCUCUCAGCAAACGAUCGCGGUAUCAGAGAAAACCCCGGGAUCAGCACAAAAAAAGGGGACCCAAACCAGUACCAAAAUUACCCCAUACAUGCUAUGAUUGUCAUAAGCAUUUCAAAUGCCUGGCCCAGCUUACCCAGCACAUUCGCACCCAUACCGGGGAGAAGCCCUUUGAGUGCCAGUACUGCAGACAGAGAUUUGCCCAACGCUAUAAUCUGAAAGUGCACGAACGUGUUCAUACGGGCGAUAAGCCAUUUCAAUGUGAAAUCUGUUCGAAGCAAUUCUCAGCUUUGGGUAAUUUUCAAGCACAUCAGAAAAUCCAUUUAGGGGUACGAGAUCAAAUCUGUUCGCUGUGUCAAAAGGCAUUCUAUACGGCUGGUGAUCUGUCCAAGCAUAUGAUUACCCAUACGGGCAUAAAGAAUCAUCAUUGUGAUGUCUGUGGCAAGGCAUUCAGUCGACGUCGGGAUAUGCGAACACAUAAAUUGAAGCUCCAUCCGCUGGAAUCAUCUGCGAAUCAUCAAAUCAAUGACGACGAUGAUGAUGACGAGGCCAUUGACACAGAUCCAGUGGGUCUGGAUCACACAGAUCAUCAUGUUGAGGCGGCAGAGGUUCCACCCACAAUUGCCCAUUUCAAGUGUCCGGAUUGUGAUAAGGCCUAUGUAUCGGCUGAUAGUCUUAGUUUGCAUUUUCGUUCGCAUUCCAUGAACAAUAAUCUACUUAAUCUGCCACUCGGUCAUCCGCACCCGCAUGCAGCACCACCGCCCGCGCCGCCCAUGUCACAUCAUCAUUAUUCACAAAUGGGCAUGAUGCACAUGCUCCCACCCCCACCUCCACCUCCUGCAUCCACUGAGGGGAGAUACACCAUGCUCCAUCAUCCAACACCUGCUCAAAGAUUGCAUUAUUAGUGCCCGAAUCAAGAUGAAAUUGUCAUUAAAAAAUAAGUAUUAUAUUUAAAA